AUGAAUUCUUUUAAGUAUUAUGUCUCACAACGCAGGGUUUUCCCUAAAGCACUCCUACUAUUCAUCAUCAUCUGUUGUUCUUCUUGUUGUGAUGGGCAACAACAACGAAAGAUCCUCUGCCUCCAUGGAGGGGGCCAAACGGCGAGUUCCUUUGAAAAUACGCGCGGUAUGCAAUCGCUCAUCGCAGCUUUGCCAGAAAUUGAGUUUGUUUUUCCCACGGGAAGUUACGACGGCCCUUUAUGGAUCCCAGAUCCACCGAACGGGAAAGGGGAGCCGACGACGGAUCCUGAUAUCGCCUCGCUUUCGGUGAAUGCUUUAGAAGCGGUCGUCGCAAACCAAGGGCCUUUUUACGGCAUUUUGGGGUACAGCCAAGGAGGAGCUUUCGUAACGACGUUUCUCUCGCAAACUUCGAGCGCGACGUUCGAGGUGGCGCUCAUAUUUUGCGGCUAUCUCCCGACGACGCAUCGCGGACUCGUGAGCCGCAUCGACGCGGCGGCUCCGUUCGAGAACAUCCGCGCUUUGGUGUUUAUGGGAACAAACGACAACAUCAUACCCAACGAUCUGUCGCGGGAUGCCGCCGCAAAAUAUAGUUCAGCGACGCUCGUCUACGACGCGGUCGGUCACGAGGUACCGUGGGAGGCGACGACGAGCUUCCAAACGGUCACAGCAUUCAUCACUUCUCCCGGACAGAGUGACGCCGCGGACAGCGUCACAUCUCCCGGACAAAAGUCAUCCGACCACCGUUUCUUCGGCUUCGCGUGCGCGUUGUGUCUAUUCGCGUACAUUUUUACGACGCACGUCUGA